UCAAUUUAGCAUGUCAUCUCCACAACCUGACAAUCUCUUAUUAUCAGGGGACAAAAAAAAUAAUGCUGAGAGUGCCGGGCAGUGCUUUGUCAAUGGAGAUAGCCUUCCACAAGCAGCUACUGAUCACUAAAGUUGACAGUCUUAACCGUGACAAUAUAACGAGAAAGAGAAGUUCUGCACCAUUUGUCCAAGCGAGUUCAGCAGACAUUGCUGACAGUUCUUCUAUCCAUCUCAAACUCCCCAAUUUGGUGAACCGACGUGGCAAUUCUGUGAAGGUUUUUGGGGUGAGGAGGAGAAGGAUACAUCAGAAAACGGGAACUUAUGUCCUAUUAGAACCUGGAGAAGAUGAGAAAUUUGUUUCUGAAGAAGAAUUAAAGGCUGUACUUAAAGGCUAUCUUGAGAAUUGGCCAAGACCGACCUUGCCGCUAGACCUAGCAAAAUUUGAAACCGUCGAUGAUGCUGCUUCUUUCCUGGUAAGUUCUGUUUGUGAACUUGAAAUUGAUGGAGAUGUUGGUUCAGUCCAAUGGUAUGAAGUUCGUUUGGAGUGAGAGAAGAGCUCAAAAUACGAUUUUCGCUAGCUCAAACCAGGCCUAGAUUCUUACGAAAAACCGCUUCCAUGUAUGAUUUUUUUUAUUAUGUUAGAAUUCCUUCUGAAACUGUAAAAUUAAAGCUGGCUAACUCUAGUAUUUUGUUAUCUUGGUGGACAAUAUAUAGGAUGCUGGCUUGUCACUUAAUCUUCC